AUGAUCAGUAUUUCAGUAGUUGAUAGUAGUAGUAGUAGUAGUAGUAGUAGUAGUAGUAGUAGUAGUAGUAGUAGUAGUAGUAGUAGUAGUAGUAGUAGUAGUAGUAGUAGUAGUAGUAGUAGUAGUAGUAGUAGUAGUAGUAGUAGUAGUAGUAGUAGUAGUAGUAGUAGUAGUAGUAGUAGUAGUAGUAGUAGUAGUAGUAGUAGUAGUAGUAGUAGUAGUAGUAGUAGUAGUAGUAGUAGUAGUAGUAGUAGUAGUAGUAGUAGUAGUAGUAGUAGUAGUAGUAGUAGUAGUAGUAGUAGUAGUAGUAGUAGUAGUAGUAGUAGUAGUAGUAGUAGUAGUAGUAGUAGUAGUAGUAGUAGUAGUAGUAGUAGUAGUAGUAGUAGUAGUAGUAGUAGUAGUAGUAGUAGUAGUAGUAGUAGUAGUAGUAGUAGUAGUAGUAGUAGUAGUAGUAGUAGUAGUAGUAGUAGUAGUAGUAGUAGUAGUAGUAGUAGUAGUAGUAGUAGUAGUAGUAGUAGUAGUAGUAGUAGUAGUAGUAGUAGUAGUAGUAGUAGUAGUAGUAGUAGUAGUAGUAGUAGUAGUAGUAGUAGUAGUAGUAGUAGUAGUAGUAGUAGUAGUAGUAGUAGUAGUAGUAGUAGUAGUAGUAGUAGUAGUAGUAGUAGUAGUAGUAGUAGUAGUAGUAGUAGUAGUAGUAGUAGUAGUAGUAGUAGUAGUAGUAGUAGUAGUAGUAGUAGUAGUAGUAGUAGUAGUAGUAGUAGUAGUAGUAGUAGUAGUAGUAGUAGUAGUAGUAGUAGUAGUAGUAGUAGUAGUAGUAGUAGUAGUAGUAGUAGUAGUAGUAGUAGUAGUAGUAGUAGUAGUAGUAGUAGUAGUAGUAGUAGUAGUAGUAGUAGUAGUAGUAGUAGUAGUAGUAGUAGUAGUAGUAGUAGUAGUAGUAGUAGUAGUAGUAGUAGUAGUAGUAGUAGUAGUAGUAGUAGUAGUAGUAGUAGUAGUAGUAGUAGUAGUAGUAGUAGUAGUAGUAGUAGUAGUAGUAGUAGUAGUAGUAGUAGUAGUAGUAGUAGUAGUAGUAGUAGUAGUAGUAGUAGUAGUAGUAGUAGUAGUAGUAGUAGUAGUAGUAGUAGUAGUAGUAGUAGUAGUAGUAGUAGUAGUAGUAGUAGUAGUAGUAGUAGUAGUAGUAGUAGUAGUAGUAGUAGUAGUAGUAGUAGUAGUAGUAGUAGUAGUAGUAGUAGUAGUAGUAGUAGUAGUAGUAGUAGUAGUAGUAGUAGUAGUAGUAGUAGUAGUAGUAGUAGUAGUAGUAGUAGUAGUAGUAGUAGUAGUAGUAGUAGUAGUAGUAGUAGUAGUAGUAGUAGUAGUAGUAGUAGUAGUAGUAGUAGUAGUAGUAGUAGUAGUAGUAGUAGUAGUAGUAGUAGUAGUAGUAGUAGUAGUAGUAGUAGUAGUAGUAGUAGUAGUAGUAGUAGUAGUAGUAGUAGUAGUAGUAGUAGUAGUAGUAGUAGUAGUAGUAGUAGUAGUAGUAGUAGUAGUAGUAGUAGUAGUAGUAGUAGUAGUAGUAGUAGUAGUAGUAGUAGUAGUAGUAGUAGUAGUAGUAGUAGUAGUAGUAGUAGUAGUAGUAGUAGUAGUAGUAGUAGUAGUAGUAGUAGUAGUAGUAGUAGUAGUAGUAGUAGUAGUAGUAGUAGUAGUAGUAGUAGUAGUAGUAGUAGUAGUAGUAGUAGUAGUAGUAGUAGUAGUAGUAGUAGUAGUAGUAGUAGUAGUAGUAGUAGUAGUAGUAGUAGUAGUAGUAGUAGUAGUAGUAGUAGUAGUAGUAGUAGUAGUAGUAGUAGUAGUAGUAGUAGUAGUAGUAGUAGUAGUAGUAGUAGUAGUAGUAGUAGUAGUAGUAGUAGUAGUAGUAGUAGUAGUAGUAGUAGUAGUAGUAGUAGUAGUAGUAGUAGUAGUAGUAGUAGUAGUAGUAGUAGUAGUAGUAGUAGUAGUAGUAGUAGUAGUAGUAGUAGUAGUAGUAGUAGUAGUAGUAGUAGUAGUAGUAGUAGUAGUAGUAGUAGUAGUAGUAGUAGUAGUAGUAGUAGUAGUAGUAGUAGUAGUAGUAGUAGUAGUAGUAGUAGUAGUAGUAGUAGUAGUAGUAGUAGUAGUAGUAGUAGUAGUAGUAGUAGUAGUAGUAGUAGUAGUAGUAGUAGUAGUAGUAGUAGUAGUAGUAGUAGUAGUAGUAGUAGUAGUAGUAGUAGUAGUAGUAGUAGUAGUAGUAGUAGUAGUAGUAGUAGUAGUAGUAGUAGUAGUAGUAGUAGUAGUAGUAGUAGUAGUAGUAGUAGUAGUAGUAGUAGUAGUAGUAGUAGUAGUAGUAGUAGUAGUAGUAGUAGUAGUAGUAGUAGUAGUAGUAGUAGUAGUAGUAGUAGUAGUAGUAGUAGUAGUAGUAGUAGUAGUAGUAGUAGUAGUAGUAGUAGUAGUAGUAGUAGUAGUAGUAGUAGUAGUAGUAGUAGUAGUAGUAGUAGUAGUAGUAGUAGUAGUAGUAGUAGUAGUAGUAGUAGUAGUAGUAGUAGUAGUAGUAGUAGUAGUAGUAGUAGUAGUAGUAGUAGUAGUAGUAGUAGUAGUAGUAGUAGUAGUAGUAGUAGUAGUAGUAGUAGUAGUAGUAGUAGUAGUAGUAGUAGUAGUAGUAGUAGUAGUAGUAGUAGUAGUAGUAGUAGUAGUAGUAGUAGUAGUAGUAGUAGUAGUAGUAGUAGUAGUAGUAGUAGUAGUAGUAGUAGUAGUAGUAGUAGUAGUAGUAGUAGUAGUAGUAGUAGUAGUAGUAGUAGUAGUAGUAGUAGUAGUAGUAGUAGUAGUAGUAGUAGUAGUAGUAGUAGUAGUAGUAGUAGUAGUAGUAGUAGUAGUAGUAGUAGUAGUAGUAGUAGUAGUAGUAGUAGUAGUAGUAGUAGUAGUAGUAGUAGUAGUAGUAGUAGUAGUAGUAGUAGUAGUAGUAGUAGUAGUAGUAGUAGUAGUAGUAGUAGUAGUAGUAGUAGUAGUAGUAGUAGUAGUAGUAGUAGUAGUAGUAGUAGUAGUAGUAGUAGUAGUAGUAGUAGUAGUAGUAGUAGUAGUAGUAGUAGUAGUAGUAGUAGUAGUAGUAGUAGUAGUAGUAGUAGUAGUAGUAGUAGUAGUAGUAGUAGUAGUAGUAGUAGUAGUAGUAGUAGUAGUAGUAGUAGUAGUAGUAGUAGUAGUAGUAGUAGUAGUAGUAGUAGUAGUAGUAGUAGUAGUAGUAGUAGUAGUAGUAGUAGUAGUAGUAGUAGUAGUAGUAGUAGUAGUAGUAGUAGUAGUAGUAGUAGUAGUAGUAGUAGUAGUAGUAGUAGUAGUAGUAGUAGUAGUAGUAGUAGUAGUAGUAGUAGUAGUAGUAGUAGUAGUAGUAGUAGUAGUAGUAGUAGUAGUAGUAGUAGUAGUAGUAGUAGUAGUAGUAGUAGUAGUAGUAGUAGUAGUAGUAGUAGUAGUAGUAGUAGUAGUAGUAGUAGUAGUAGUAGUAGUAGUAGUAGUAGUAGUAGUAGUAGUAGUAGUAGUAGUAGUAGUAGUAGUAGUAGUAGUAGUAGUAGUAGUAGUAGUAGUAGUAGUAGUAGUAGUAGUAGUAGUAGUAGUAGUAGUAGUAGUAGUAGUAGUAGUAGUAGUAGUAGUAGUAGUAGUAGUAGUAGUAGUAGUAGUAGUAGUAGUAGUAGUAGUAGUAGUAGUAGUAGUAGUAGUAGUAGUAGUAGUAGUAGUAGUAGUAGUAGUAGUAGUAGUAGUAGUAGUAGUAGUAGUAGUAGUAGUAGUAGUAGUAGUAGUAGUAGUAGUAGUAGUAGUAGUAGUAGUAGUAGUAGUAGUAGUAGUAGUAGUAGUAGUAGUAGUAGUAGUAGUAGUAGUAGUAGUAGUAGUAGUAGUAGUAGUAGUAGUAGUAGUAGUAGUAGUAGUAGUAGUAGUAGUAGUAGUAGUAGUAGUAGUAGUAGUAGUAGUAGUAGUAGUAGUAGUAGUAGUAGUAGUAGUAGUAGUAGUAGUAGUAGUAGUAGUAGUAGUAGUAGUAGUAGUAGUAGUAGUAGUAGUAGUAGUAGUAGUAGUAGUAGUAGUAGUAGUAGUAGUAGUAGUAGUAGUAGUAGUAGUAGUAGUAGUAGUAGUAGUAGUAGUAGUAGUAGUAGUAGUAGUAGUAGUAGUAGUAGUAGUAGUAGUAGUAGUAGUAGUAGUAGUAGUAGUAGUAGUAGUAGUAGUAGUAGUAGUAGUAGUAGUAGUAGUAGUAGUAGUAGUAGUAGUAGUAGUAGUAGUAGUAGUAGUAGUAGUAGUAGUAGUAGUAGUAGUAGUAGUAGUAGUAGUAGUAGUAGUAGUAGUAGUAGUAGUAGUAGUAGUAGUAGUAGUAGUAGUAGUAGUAGUAGUAGUAGUAGUAGUAGUAGUAGUAGUAGUAGUAGUAGUAGUAGUAGUAGUAGUAGUAGUAGUAGUAGUAGUAGUAGUAGUAGUAGUAGUAGUAGUAGUAGUAGUAGUAGUAGUAGUAGUAGUAGUAGUAGUAGUAGUAGUAGUAGUAGUAGUAGUAGUAGUAGUAGUAGUAGUAGUAGUAGUAGUAGUAGUAGUAGUAGUAGUAGUAGUAGUAGUAGUAGUAGUAGUAGUAGUAGUAGUAGUAGUAGUAGUAGUAGUAGUAGUAGUAGUAGUAGUAGUAGUAGUAGUAGUAGUAGUAGUAGUAGUAGUAGUAGUAGUAGUAGUAGUAGUAGUAGUAGUAGUAGUAGUAGUAGUAGUAGUAGUAGUAGUAGUAGUAGUAGUAGUAGUAGUAGUAGUAGUAGUAGUAGUAGUAGUAGUAGUAGUAGUAGUAGUAGUAGUAGUAGUAGUAGUAGUAGUAGUAGUAGUAGUAGUAGUAGUAGUAGUAGUAGUAGUAGUAGUAGUAGUAGUAGUAGUAGUAGUAGUAGUAGUAGUAGUAGUAGUAGUAGUAGUAGUAGUAGUAGUAGUAGUAGUAGUAGUAGUAGUAGUAGUAGUAGUAGUAGUAGUAGUAGUAGUAGUAGUAGUAGUAGUAGUAGUAGUAGUAGUAGUAGUAGUAGUAGUAGUAGUAGUAGUAGUAGUAGUAGUAGUAGUAGUAGUAGUAGUAGUAGUAGUAGUAGUAGUAGUAGUAGUAGUAGUAGUAGUAGUAGUAGUAGUAGUAGUAGUAGUAGUAGUAGUAGUAGUAGUAGUAGUAGUAGUAGUAGUAGUAGUAGUAGUAGUAGUAGUAGUAGUAGUAGUAGUAGUAGUAGUAGUAGUAGUAGUAGUAGUAGUAGUAGUAGUAGUAGUAGUAGUAGUAGUAGUAGUAGUAGUAGUAGUAGUAGUAGUAGUAGUAGUAGUAGUAGUAGUAGUAGUAGUAGUAGUAGUAGUAGUAGUAGUAGUAGUAGUAGUAGUAGUAGUAGUAGUAGUAGUAGUAGUAGUAGUAGUAGUAGUAGUAGUAGUAGUAGUAGUAGUAGUAGUAGUAGUAGUAGUAGUAGUAGUAGUAGUAGUAGUAGUAGUAGUAGUAGUAGUAGUAGUAGUAGUAGUAGUAGUAGUAGUAGUAGUAGUAGUAGUAGUAGUAGUAGUAGUAGUAGUAGUAGUAGUAGUAGUAGUAGUAGUAGUAGUAGUAGUAGUAGUAGUAGUAGUAGUAGUAGUAGUAGUAGUAGUAGUAGUAGUAGUAGUAGUAGUAGUAGUAGUAGUAGUAGUAGUAGUAGUAGUAGUAGUAGUAGUAGUAGUAGUAGUAGUAGUAGUAGUAGUAGUAGUAGUAGUAGUAGUAGUAGUAGUAGUAGUAGUAGUAGUAGUAGUAGUAGUAGUAGUAGUAGUAGUAGUAGUAGUAGUAGUAGUAGUAGUAGUAGUAGUAGUAGUAGUAGUAGUAGUAGUAGUAGUAGUAGUAGUAGUAGUAGUAGUAGUAGUAGUAGUAGUAGUAGUAGUAGUAGUAGUAGUAUAGUAAGUAGUAGUAGUAGUAGUAGUAGUAGUAGUAGUAGUAGUAGUAGUAGUAGUAGUAGUAGUAGUAGUAGUAGUAGUAGUAGUAGUAGUAGUAGUAGUAGUAGUAGUAGUAGUAGUAGUAGUAGUAGUAGUAGUAGUAGUAGUAGUAGUAGUAGUAGUAGUAGUAGUAGUAGUAGUAGUAGUAGUAGUAGUAGUAGUAGUAGUAGUAGUAGUAGUAGUAGUAGUAGUAGUAGUAGUAGUAGUAGUAGUAGUAGUAGUAGUAGUAGUAGUAGUAGUAGUAGUAGUAGUAGUAGUAGUAGUAGUAGUAGUAGUAGUAGUAGUAGUAGUAGUAGUAGUAGUAGUAGUAGUAGUAGUAGUAGUAGUAGUAGUAGUAGUAGUAGUAGUAGUAGUAGUAGUAGUAGUAGUAGUAGUAGUAGUAGUAGUAGUAGUAGUAGUAGUAGUAGUAGUAGUAGUAGUAGUAGUAGUAGUAGUAGUAGUAGUAGUAGUAGUAGUAGUAGUAGUAGUAGUAGUAGUAGUAGUAGUAGUAGUAGUAGUAGUAGUAGUAGUAGUAGUAGUAGUAGUAGUAGUAGUAGUAGUAGUAGUAGUAGUAGUAGUAGUAGUAGUAGUAGUAGUAGUAGUAGUAGUAGUAGUAGUAGUAGUAGUAGUAGUAGUAGUAGUAGUAGUAGUAGUAGUAGUAGUAGUAGUAGUAGUAGUAGUAGUAGUAGUAGUAGUAGUAGUAGUAGUAGUAGUAGUAGUAGUAGUAGUAGUAGUAGUAGUAGUAGUAGUAGUAGUAGUAGUAGUAGUAGUAGUAGUAGUAGUAGUAGUAGUAGUAGUAGUAGUAGUAGUAGUAGUAGUAGUAGUAGUAGUAGUAGUAGUAGUAGUAGUAGUAGUAGUAGUAGUAGUAGUAGUAGUAGUAGUAGUAGUAGUAGUAGUAGUAGUAGUAGUAGUAGUAGUAGUAGUAGUAGUAGUAGUAGUAGUAGUAGUAGUAGUAGUAGUAGUAGUAGUAGUAGUAGUAGUAGUAGUAGUAGUAGUAGUAGUAGUAGUAGUAGUAGUAGUAGUAGUAGUAGUAGUAGUAGUAGUAGUAGUAGUAGUAGUAGUAGUAGUAGUAGUAGUAGUAGUAGUAGUAGUAGUAGUAGUAGUAGUAGUAGUAGUAGUAGUAGUAGUAGUAGUAGUAGUAGUAGUAGUAGUAGUAGUAGUAGUAGUAGUAGUAGUAGUAGUAGUAGUAGUAGUAGUAGUAGUAGUAGUAGUAGUAGUAGUAGUAGUAGUAGUAGUAGUAGUAGUAGUAGUAGUAGUAGUAGUAGUAGUAGUAGUAGUAGUAGUAGUAGUAGUAGUAGUAGUAGUAGUAGUAGUAGUAGUAGUAGUAGUAGUAGUAGUAGUAGUAGUAGUAGUAGUAGUAGUAGUAGUAGUAGUAGUAGUAGUAGUAGUAGUAGUAGUAGUAGUAGUAGUAGUAGUAGUAGUAGUAGUAGUAGUAGUAGUAGUAGUAGUAGUAGUAGUAGUAGUAGUAGUAGUAGUAGUAGUAGUAGUAGUAGUAGUAGUAGUAGUAGUAGUAGUAGUAGUAGUAGUAGUAGUAGUAGUAGUAGUAGUAGUAGUAGUAGUAGUAGUAGUAGUAGUAGUAGUAGUAGUAGUAGUAGUAGUAGUAGUAGUAGUAGUAGUAGUAGUAGUAGUAGUAGUAGUAGUAGUAGUAGUAGUAGUAGUAGUAGUAGUAGUAGUAGUAGUAGUAGUAGUAGUAGUAGUAGUAGUAGUAGUAGUAGUAGUAGUAGUAGUAGUAGUAGUAGUAGUAGUAGUAGUAGUAGUAGUAGUAGUAGUAGUAGUAGUAGUAGUAGUAGUAGUAGUAGUAGUAGUAGUAGUAGUAGUAGUAGUAGUAGUAGUAGUAGUAGUAGUAGUAGUAGUAGUAGUAGUAGUAGUAGUAGUAGUAGUAGUAGUAGUAGUAGUAGUAGUAGUAGUAGUAGUAGUAGUAGUAGUAGUAGUAGUAGUAGUAGUAGUAGUAGUAGUAGUAGUAGUAGUAGUAGUAGUAGUAGUAGUAGUAGUAGUAGUAGUAGUAGUAGUAGUAGUAGUAGUAGUAGUAGUAGUAGUAGUAGUAGUAGUAGUAGUAGUAGUAGUAGUAGUAGUAGUAGUAGUAGUAGUAGUAGUAGUAGUAGUAGUAGUAGUAGUAGUAGUAGUAGUAGUAGUAGUAGUAGUAGUAGUAGUAGUAGUAGUAGUAGUAGUAGUAGUAGUAGUAGUAGUAGUAGUAGUAGUAGUAGUAGUAGUAGUAGUAGUAGUAGUAGUAGUAGUAGUAGUAGUAGUAGUAGUAGUAGUAGUAGUAGUAGUAGUAGUAGUAGUAGUAGUAGUAGUAGUAGUAGUAGUAGUAGUAGUAGUAGUAGUAGUAGUAGUAGUAGUAGUAGUAGUAGUAGUAGUAGUAGUAGUAGUAGUAGUAGUAGUAGUAGUAGUAGUAGUAGUAGUAGUAGUAGUAGUAGUAGUAGUAGUAGUAGUAGUAGUAGUAGUAGUAGUAGUAGUAGUAGUAGUAGUAGUAGUAGUAGUAGUAGUAGUAGUAGUAGUAGUAGUAGUAGUAGUAGUAGUAGUAGUAGUAGUAGUAGUAGUAGUAGUAGUAGUAGUAGUAGUAGUAGUAGUAGUAGUAGUAGUAGUAGUAGUAGUAGUAGUAGUAGUAGUAGUAGUAGUAGUAGUAGUAGUAGUAGUAGUAGUAGUAGUAGUAGUAGUAGUAGUAGUAGUAGUAGUAGUAGUAGUAGUAGUAGUAGUAGUAGUAGUAGUAGUAGUAGUAGUAGUAGUAGUAGUAGUAGUAGUAGUAGUAGUAGUAGUAGUAGUAGUAGUAGUAGUAGUAGUAGUAGUAGUAGUAGUAGUAGUAGUAGUAGUAGUAGUAGUAGUAGUAGUAGUAGUAGUAGUAGUAGUAGUAGUAGUAGUAGUAGUAGUAGUAGUAGUAGUAGUAGUAGUAGUAGUAGUAGUAGUAGUAGUAGUAGUAGUAGUAGUAGUAGUAGUAGUAGUAGUAGUAGUAGUAGUAGUAGUAGUAGUAGUAGUAGUAGUAGUAGUAGUAGUAGUAGUAGUAGUAGUAGUAGUAGUAGUAGUAGUAGUAGUAGUAGUAGUAGUAGUAGUAGUAGUAGUAGUAGUAGUAGUAGUAGUAGUAGUAGUAGUAGUAGUAGUAGUAGUAGUAGUAGUAGUAGUAGUAGUAGUAGUAGUAGUAGUAGUAGUAGUAGUAGUAGUAGUAGUAGUAGUAGUAGUAGUAGUAGUAGUAGUAGUAGUAGUAGUAGUAGUAGUAGUAGUAGUAGUAGUAGUAGUAGUAGUAGUAGUAGUAGUAGUAGUAGUAGUAGUAGUAGUAGUAGUAGUAGUAGUAGUAGUAGUAGUAGUAGUAGUAGUAGUAGUAGUAGUAGUAGUAGUAGUAGUAGUAGUAGUAGUAGUAGUAGUAGUAGUAGUAGUAGUAGUAGUAGUAGUAGUAGUAGUAGUAGUAGUAGUAGUAGUAGUAGUAGUAGUAGUAGUAGUAGUAGUAGUAGUAGUAGUAGUAGUAGUAGUAGUAGUAGUAGUAGUAGUAGUAGUAGUAGUAGUAGUAGUAGUAGUAGUAGUAGUAGUAGUAGUAGUAGUAGUAGUAGUAGUAGUAGUAGUAGUAGUAGUAGUAGUAGUAGUAGUAGUAGUAUAGUAUGUAGUAGUAGUAGUAGUAGUAGUAGUAGUAGUAGUAGUAGUAGUAGUAGUAGUAGUAGUAGUAGUAGUAGUAGUAGUAGUAGUAGUAGUAGUAGUAGUAGUAGUAGUAGUAGUAGUAGUAGUAGUAGUAGUAGUAGUAGUAGUAGUAGUAGUAGUAGUAGUAGUAGUAGUAGUAGUAGUAGUAGUAGUAGUAGUAGUAGUAGUAGUAGUAGUAGUAGUAGUAGUAGUAGUAGUAGUAGUAGUAGUAGUAGUAGUAGUAGUAGUAGUAGUAGUAGUAGUAGUAGUAGUAGUAGUAGUAGUAGUAGUAGUAGUAGUAGUAGUAGUAGUAGUAGUAGUAGUAGUAGUAGUAGUAGUAGUAGUAGUAGUAGUAGUAGUAGUAGUAGUAGUAGUAGUAGUAGUAGUAGUAGUAGUAGUAGUAGUAGUAGUAGUAGUAGUAGUAGUAGUAGUAGUAGUAGUAGUAGUAGUAGUAGUAGUAGUAGUAGUAGUAGUAGUAGUAGUAGUAGUAGUAGUAGUAGUAGUAGUAGUAGUAGUAGUAGUAGUAGUAGUAGUAGUAGUAGUAGUAGUAGUAGUAGUAGUAGUAGUAGUAGUAGUAGUAGUAGUAGUAGUAGUAGUAGUAGUAGUAGUAGUAGUAGUAGUAGUAGUAGUAGUAGUAGUAGUAGUAGUAGUAGUAGUAGUAGUAGUAGUAGUAGUAGUAGUAGUAGUAGUAGUAGUAGUAGUAGUAGUAGUAGUAGUAGUAGUAGUAGUAGUAGUAGUAGUAGUAGUAGUAGUAGUAGUAGUAGUAGUAGUAGUAGUAGUAGUAGUAGUAGUAGUAGUAGUAGUAGUAGUAGUAGUAGUAGUAGUAGUAGUAGUAGUAGUAGUAGUAGUAGUAGUAGUAGUAGUAGUAGUAGUAGUAGUAGUAGUAGUAGUAGUAGUAGUAGUAGUAGUAGUAGUAGUAGUAGUAGUAGUAGUAGUAGUAGUAGUAGUAGUAGUAGUAGUAGUAGUAGUAGUAGUAGUAGUAGUAGUAGUAGUAGUAGUAGUAGUAGUAGUAGUAGUAGUAGUAGUAGUAGUAGUAGUAGUAGUAGUAGUAGUAGUAGUAGUAGUAGUAGUAGUAGUAGUAGUAGUAGUAGUAGUAGUAGUAGUAGUAGUAGUAGUAGUAGUAGUAGUAGUAGUAGUAGUAGUAGUAGUAGUAGUAGUAGUAGUAGUAGUAGUAGUAGUAGUAGUAGUAGUAGUAGUAGUAGUAGUAGUAGUAGUAGUAGUAGUAGUAGUAGUAGUAGUAGUAGUAGUAGUAGUAGUAGUAGUAGUAGUAGUAGUAGUAGUAGUAGUAGUAGUAGUAGUAGUAGUAGUAGUAGUAGUAGUAGUAGUAGUAGUAGUAGUAGUAGUAGUAGUAGUAGUAGUAGUAGUAGUAGUAGUAGUAGUAGUAGUAGUAGUAGUAGUAGUAGUAGUAGUAGUAGUAGUAGUAGUAGUAGUAGUAGUAGUAGUAGUAGUAGUAGUAGUAGUAGUAGUAGUAGUAGUAGUAGUAGUAGUAGUAGUAGUAGUAGUAGUAGUAGUAGUAGUAGUAGUAGUAGUAGUAGUAGUAGUAGUAGUAGUAGUAGUAGUAGUAGUAGUAGUAGUAGUAGUAGUAGUAGUAGUAGUAGUAGUAGUAGUAGUAGUAGUAGUAGUAGUAGUAGUAGUAGUAGUAGUAGUAGUAGUAGUAGUAGUAGUAGUAGUAGUAGUAGUAGUAGUAGUAGUAGUAGUAGUAGUAGUAGUAGUAGUAGUAGUAGUAGUAGUAGUAGUAGUAGUAGUAGUAGUAGUAGUAGUAGUAGUAGUAGUAGUAGUAGUAGUAGUAGUAGUAGUAGUAGUAGUAGUAGUAGUAGUAGUAGUAGUAGUAGUAGUAGUAGUAGUAGUAGUAGUAGUAGUAGUAGUAGUAGUAGUAGUAGUAGUAGUAGUAGUAGUAGUAGUAGUAGUAGUAGUAGUAGUAGUAGUAGUAGUAGUAGUAGUAGUAGUAGUAGUAGUAGUAGUAGUAGUAGUAGUAGUAGGAGUAGUAGUAGUAGUAGUAGUAGUAGUAGUAGUAGUAGUAGUAGUAGUAGUAGUAGUAGUAGUAGUAGUAGUAGUAGUAGUAGUAGUAGUAGUAGUAGUAGUAGUAGUAGUAGUAGUAGUAGUAGUAGUAGUAGUAGUAGUAGUAGUAGUAGUAGUAGUAGUAGUAGUAGUAGUAGUAGUAGUAGUAGUAGUAGUAGUAGUAGUAGUAGUAGUAGUAGUAGUAGUAGUAGUAGUAGUAGUAGUAGUAGUAGUAGUAGUAGUAGUAGUAGUAGUAGUAGUAGUAGUAGUAGUAGUAGUAGUAGUAGUAGUAGUAGUAGUAGUAGUAGUAGUAGUAGUAGUAGUAGUAGUAGUAGUAGUAGUAGUAGUAGUAGUAGUAGUAGUAGUAGUAGUAGUAGUAGUAGUAGUAGUAGUAGUAGUAGUAGUAGUAGUAGUAGUAGUAGUAGUAGUAGUAGUAGUAGUAGUAGUAGUAGUAGUAGUAGUAGUAGUAGUAGUAGUAGUAGUAGUAGUAGUAGUAGUAGUAGUAGUAGUAGUAGUAGUAGUAGUAGUAGUAGUAGUAGUAGUAGUAGUAGUAGUAGUAGUAGUAGUAGUAGUAGUAGUAGUAGUAGUAGUAGUAGUAGUAGUAGUAGUAGUAGUAGUAGUAGUAGUAGUAGUAGUAGUAGUAGUAGUAGUAGUAGUAGUAGUAGUAGUAGUAGUAGUAGUAGUAGUAGUAGUAGUAGUAGUAGUAGUAGUAGUAGUAGUAGUAGUAGUAGUAGUAGUAGUAGUAGUAGUAGUAGUAGUAGUAGUAGUAGUAGUAGUAGUAGUAGUAGUAGUAGUAGUAGUAGUAGUAGUAGUAGUAGUAGUAGUAGUAGUAGUAGUAGUAGUAGUAGUAGUAGUAGUAGUAGUAUAGUAUAUAGUAGUAGUAGUAGUAGUAGUAGUAGUAGUAGUAGUAGUAGUAGUAGUAGUAGUAGUAGUAGUAGUAGUAGUAGUAGUAGUAGUAGUAGUAGUAGUAGUAGUAGUAGUAGUAGUAGUAGUAGUAGUAGUAGUAGUAGUAGUAGUAGUAGUAGUAGUAGUAGUAGUAGUAGUAGUAGUAGUAGUAGUAGUAGUAGUAGUAGUAGUAGUAGUAGUAGUAGUAGUAGUAGUAGUAGUAGUAGUAGUAGUAGUAGUAGUAGUAGUAGUAGUAGUAGUAGUAGUAGUAGUAGUAGUAGUAGUAGUAGUAGUAGUAGUAGUAGUAGUAGUAGUAGUAGUAGUAGUAGUAGUAGUAGUAGUAGUAGUAGUAGUAGUAGUAGUAGUAGUAGUAGUAGUAGUAGUAGUAGUAGUAGUAGUAGUAGUAGUAGUAGUAGUAGUAGUAGUAGUAGUAGUAGUAGUAGUAGUAGUAGUAGUAGUAGUAGUAGUAGUAGUAGUAGUAGUAGUAGUAGUAGUAGUAGUAGUAGUAGUAGUAGUAGUAGUAGUAGUAGUAGUAGUAGUAGUAGUAGUAGUAGUAGUAGUAGUAGUAGUAGUAGUAGUAGUAGUAGUAGUAGUAGUAGUAGUAGUAGUAGUAGUAGUAGUAGUAGUAGUAGUAGUAGUAGUAGUAGUAGUAGUAGUAGUAGUAGUAGUAGUAGUAGUAGUAGUAGUAGUAGUAGUAGUAGUAGUAGUAGUAGUAGUAGUAGUAGUAGUAGUAGUAGUAGUAGUAGUAGUAGUAGUAGUAGUAGUAGUAGUAGUAGUAGUAGUAGUAGUAGUAGUAGUAGUAGUAGUAGUAGUAGUAGUAGUAGUAGUAGUAGUAGUAGUAGUAGUAGUAGUAGUAGUAGUAGUAGUAGUAGUAGUAGUAGUAGUAGUAGUAGUAGUAGUAGUAGUAGUAGUAGUAGUAGUAGUAGUAGUAGUAGUAGUAGUAGUAGUAGUAGUAGUAGUAGUAGUAGUAGUAGUAGUAGUAGUAGUAGUAGUAGUAGUAGUAGUAGUAGUAGUAGUAGUAGUAGUAGUAGUAGUAGUAGUAGUAGUAGUAGUAGUAGUAGUAGUAGUAGUAGUAGUAGUAGUAGUAGUAGUAGUAGUAGUAGUAGUAGUAGUAGUAGUAGUAGUAGUAGUAGUAGUAGUAGUAGUAGUAGUAGUAGUAGUAGUAGUAGUAGUAGUAGUAGUAGUAGUAGUAGUAGUAGUAGUAGUAGUAGUAGUAGUAGUAGUAGUAGUAGUAGUAGUAGUAGUAGUAGUAGUAGUAGUAGUAGUAGUAGUAGUAGUAGUAGUAGUAGUAGUAGUAGUAGUAGUAGUAGUAGUAGUAGUAGUAGUAGUAGUAGUAGUAGUAGUAGUAGUAGUAGUAGUAGUAGUAGUAGUAGUAGUAGUAGUAGUAGUAGUAGUAGUAGUAGUAGUAGUAGUAGUAGUAGUAGUAGUAGUAGGAGUAGUAGUAGUAGUAGUAGUAGUAGUAGUAGUAGUAGUAGUAGUAGUAGUAGUAGUAGUAGUAGUAGUAGUAGUAGUAGUAGUAGUAGUAGUAGUAGUAGUAGUAGUAGUAGUAGUAGUAGUAGUAGUAGUAGUAGUAGUAGUAGUAGUAGUAGUAGUAGUAGUAGUAGUAGUAGUAGUAGUAGUAGUAGUAGUAGUAGUAGUAGUAGUAGUAGUAGUAGUAGUAGUAGUAGUAGUAGUAGUAGUAGUAGUAGUAGUAGUAGUAGUAGUAGUAGUAGUAGUAGUAGUAGUAGUAGUAGUAGUAGUAGUAGUAGUAGUAGUAGUAGUAGUAGUAGUAGUAGUAGUAGUAGUAGUAGUAGUAGUAGUAGUAGUAGUAGUAGUAGUAGUAGUAGUAGUAGUAGUAGUAGUAGUAGUAGUAGUAGUAGUAGUAGUAGUAGUAGUAGUAGUAGUAGUAGUAGUAGUAGUAGUAGUAGUAGUAGUAGUAGUAGUAGUAGUAGUAGUAGUAGUAGUAGUAGUAGUAGUAGUAGUAGUAGUAGUAGUAGUAGUAGUAGUAGUAGUAGUAGUAGUAGUAGUAGUAGUAGUAGUAGUAGUAGUAGUAGUAGUAGUAGUAGUAGUAGUAGUAGUAGUAGUAGUAGUAGUAGUAGUAGUAGUAGUAGUAGUAGUAGUAGUAGUAGUAGUAGUAGUAGUAGUAGUAGUAGUAGUAGUAGUAGUAGUCGUAGUCGUAGUCGUAGUCGUAGUCGUAGUAGUCAUAGUCGUGGUCGUAGUCAUAGUAGUCGUAGUCGUGUUCGUAGUCGUAGUCGUGGUCGUAGUCAUAGUAGUCGUAGUCGUGGUCGUAGUCGUAGUCGUGGUCGUAGUCGUAGUCGUGGUCGUAGUCGUAGUAGUCGUAGUCGUAGUCGUAGUCGUAGUCGCAGUCGUAGUCGUAGUAAUAGUAGUAGUCGUAGUCGUAGUAGUCGUAGUCGUAGUCGUAGUAGUAGUAGUAGUAGUAGUAGCAGUAGUCGUAGUCGUAGUAGUUGUAGUAGUAGCAGUAGUCGUAGUCGUAGUCGUAGUAGUAGUAGUAGUAGUAGUGUGGUGUAUGCUACUUAUAUUGACAUAAGUAGUAUAUGA